AUGUAUGAACGAUUCCCUCACGAUGCCACCGACGAGCCGAACGAAUAUACAUCUCUCAUCCCUAAACCUACGGGUGAGCCUUGUGGGCAAGAUUGCGACGAGGACCAUGUCGCAAGACUGUAUCUGAGAGAGUUCUGGCAUCUGUUGAAAGAUUCUAUCCCGGUCAUACUAGCCUACACACUCCAGAAUAGCCUACAAACUGUAUCAGUUCUCGUCGUCGGCCGCUCGUCCGCAGAGAACCUCGCCACUGCCGCCUUCUCGUUGAUGUUUGCUAUGAUCACGGCCUGGAUGAUUGCCCUCGGAGGAACCACUGCUCUCGAUACCCUAGCGUCCUCGUCCUUCACAGGCAGCUCGAACAAGCACGACCUAGGCAUCCUGCUGCAGCGGGGGUUCUUUGUCCUCACCCUCUUCUACAUCCCCGUAGCUAUUCUCUGGGCCUGUUCGGAACCGGUUUUCUUGCUCCUCGGCCAGGAUCCACAGCUCUCCAAAGACAGUGCGCGAUUUUUGACCUGCUUGAUUCCUGGUGGGCUGGGAUACAUCUAUUUCGAGUUAAUGAAGAAGUAUCUGCAAGCACAGGGUAUUAUGCGCCCCGGCACCUAUGUCUUGCUGAUUACAUCACCUCUCAACGGACUACUUAAUUACCUUUGCUGUUACACCUUCCAGAUGGGACUAUUGGGCGCCCCCCUCGCCACCGGUCUCUCCUACUGGCUCUCAUUCGCCCUGCUGGUGCUCUACGCCCGGUUUAUUGCGGGCUCCGAAUGCUGGGGCGGCUGGUCGCGCGAGUCCCUCCAGAACCCCGGCCCUUUCGCCCGACUAGCUAUCCUCGGCGUCAUCCACGUCGGUACAGAAUGGUGGGCUUUCGAGAUCGUAGCACUGGCCGCCGGGCGCCUAGGGACCAUCCCACUCGCCGCGCAGAGCGUUAUCAUGACCGCUGAUCAAGUGCUCAACACCAUCCCAUUCGGGGUAGGCGUGGCCACGUCGGCACGCGUGGGUAACCUUCUCGGAUCGCGAAAUGCCCGGGGGGGCGCGAGAGCGGCCAAUACGGCGGCGUGGCUCAGCAUGGUCCUGGGAGGGGUGGUUCUGGCCGUGUUAAUGGGGACGCGGGACCAUUUCGCGCGAAUCUUCAACUCGGACGAGCGCGUGGUGCGACUGACCGCUGAGGUGUUGCCGUUCGUCGCCCUGUUCCAGAUAGCCGACGGCUUGAACGGGAGCUGUGGUGGCAGUCUGCGUGGGAUGGGUCGGCAGCAUGUGGGUGCCUUGGUCAAUCUGGUCAGUUACUACGGCGGCGCGUUGCCCCUUGGCAUCUGGUUGGCGUUCCAUGGCUGGGGACUCAAGGGCCUCUGGGUGGGACAGUGCAUCGCGCUGUAUCUGGUGGGGGCGUUGGAGUGGACGAUUGUGGGCUGGAGCCACUGGGAGAAGGAGGUUGAUCGGGCAUUCCUUCGGAUGGAUCAAUUCAUCAAGCCAUUCACCAUCAUGUUGACUAAAUCCACUCUUCUUGCCUACGUUGCUCUGGCAUCUGCUCAUAGCAACCUUCAAACCUCAAUGUCUGGUCCCCAUCAAUCCUUAUGGUACAAUACCCUCCCCGGGGAUGGAGGAACACAGGCCGACUCUGUCUUCUCUGGUAUCUCAACCUUUGGUCGUCUUCCCUACUUCCCAUGUCUCUCUAGCGAAGCCGAGAAAUACGACAUCGCCUUCAUAGGUGCCCCCUUCGACACCGGCACCUCCUAUCGUCCCGGUGCUCGCUUCGGACCAAGCGGUAUCAGACAAGGUUCCCGUCGUCUCAAUCUCUACGGCGGCUACAAUGUCCCGUUAGAAGCGAACCCGUUUACCAGCGACUUGAGAAUCCUUGAUUGCGGUGAUAUCCCGGUGACUUCAUACGACAACGCCUGGGCCAUCCAGCAGAUCGAAGAGGGACACAAUAGCGUCCUCAUGCGCAAGCCCUUCACCGAUGCAGACUCCUACGGCUUAUCGAAGGCAGGCAAGACCCUGCCGAGAAUUAUCACCCUUGGAGGAGACCACACUAUCACAUUGCCCCUGCUACGGAGUAUCAAUAAGGCAUACGGCCCCGUGACUGUGAUUCAUUUCGAUUCUCACCUAGACUCCUGGAAACCUAAAGUCUUCGGCGGCUCCCCGAGUAAAGUAGCAUCCAUCAACCACGGCACCUAUUUCUACCACGCGGCGAUGGAGGGCCUGCUCAAGAACGACACGAACAUCCACGCGGGUAUCCGCACCACUCUUUCCGGUCCUUCUGACUACGAGAACGACGGAUACUGUGGAUUCGAAAUUGUCGAAGCCAGAGAGAUCGAUACUAUUGGGACCGACGGCAUCAUCAAGAAGAUCAGGGACAGAGUCGGCACCGAGAAUCCCGUCUAUCUCUCGAUCGAUAUCGAUACACUCGACCCGGCCUUCGCUCCUGCAACCGGAACCCCCGAGACGGGCGGCUGGUCGACACGCGAGCUCCGAACAAUCGUGCGCGGCUUGGACGGAUUGAACCUCAUCGGCUCUGAUAUUGUAGAAGUUGCCCCUGCUUAUGAUACUAACGCUGAACUGUCUACUAUGGCCGCUGCCGACGUUCUUUACGAGAUCCUCACAAUCAUGGUGAAGAAGGGACCAUUGACUGUUCCGGAAAAGACGGACUUCCGUCACCCCGUCUCAGCAUGUCUCUGGAAAUCCGGCACGUUCAGCAUAUGCUAUCGUCCCUCGGACGGGCCAUCUUACAGAGAGAAAGUCCAAACUGAAGUCUCCACGAUGGAGUACCUCCGUAGGACCAUGUCUAUCUCGGUUCCUGAGGUCUUCGGGAACGGAAUUUGCUGGGCUGAGAUCAUGCACGAGGUGGAGAUGAAGAAGGUAGAGAGUCCGCGAAUUAGCGAUUCAAGUUUAAAGCACGCGUAUCGUGAGAUGGCGGCGGUGGUGCUUGAACUGUCGAGGUGUGAAUUUGACGCGAUCGGUGCGAUUGAGUCUAAAACCGACAAUGGGAGUGGGAAUGGCACUGGGAACGAGAACGAUCCUAUAUUUACGAUAUCCCGACGCCCUCUGAUCUUCAACAUGAACGAACUAAUGGCAUCAGCUAAUCUCCCCGACCAUGUAUUCCCUCUACCACGACACACCUUCUCCCGCUCAAUCGAGUACCUCAAAACCCUCGCAACGCAGCACCUCUUGCACCUAAAACACCAACAACGCAACAGCAUCACCAGCCCCGACGACUGCCGCAAAAAGUUCACCGCACGAUGUCUCUUCCUCGACAUCGUUACUAACAAGCUACACCUGAAUUCCUCCAACUCGGACUCAGAAACUAGAAAAUUCAAACUGUACUGCGACGACUUCCGACCCUCUAAUGUCCUCAUAAACACCCACACCGGAUACGUCGCCGGUGUAAUCGAUUGGGAAUUCACAUACGCGGCGCCCACCGAAUUCACGACCGUAGCGCCGUGGUGGCUAUUACUUCAAAGUCCGGAGGAUUGGGAGGAUGAUUUAUAUGAGUUCCUUAAUCGGUAUAGGCCGAGACUUUGUCUUUUCUUGGAAGUUCUGAAGGACAGGGAAGAUGAGUUGAUUGCACAGGGGGAGCUCGUGGAAGCGUAG